GAGCAGGGGGAGGAGCAGGAAGAGGGGCACCGGGAGGAGCUUUGACAAACUGCGGGGAGAAAGUGGUUAGUAGUUGGAAGUGCGCGAGCUGGUAACGAUGCUGCAGAAGUUGCUGUUUGGAAGUGCGCGCCGCGUGAUCCUCGGGUCCGCGGAGGCUGCGCUGUGGGGUUUGAAUUCAAUAAAAGGAAACUGCCACAAUUUUUGUACUGCCAUUUUUAAAGAUGUCACCUAUAAGGAACUUAAAAACCUCUUGAAUUCCAAAAAAAUUAUGUUAAUUGAUGUUAGAGAGACAUGGGAAAUUGAGUGUGGAAAAAUCCCUGGGUCUGUCAAUAUACCAUUGGGUGAGGUAGGUGAAGCUCUACAGAUGCACCCAGAAGACUUCAAAGAGAAGUAUAAUGAAGUGAAGCCAUCCAAAUCCGAUAGUCUAGUGUUUUCUUGUUUAGCGGGAGUGAGAAGCAAGAAGGCUCUGGACACAGCAGUAUCUCUGGGCUUUAACAGCCCAAGCCCAAUCUUACUUCCUUCAGACCUGAGGCUCUCAUCCAGAACACAACAUUCCAUACCUCCAUACCUCCUUAGAUUCCACUUGGCUGUGACAGUUUUCCAGACUUUCCUUGUUUUUGAUGACUUUGAUAGUUUUUAGAAUAUUAGUCAAGUAUUUUGUAGGUUUACCCUCCACUAGAAUCUGUCUGAUGUUUAUCUAAUGGUUAGACUGGGGUUUUGGGUUUUUGGAAGGAAGACCACAGAGGUAAAGUGCCAUUUCAUCAGAAUACAUCAAAUGUACACACCAUUAAUGUGAUUUAUCACUAUUAAUAUUGACUUUAAUCAUCCAGCUGGGGUAGUGUCUGUCAGGUUUCUCCAUUGUAAAAUUACCUGCCCUGCCCACUUUUCAUAAUGUAUGCAUUAGAAGGAAGUCACUAUAUGCACAGCCAACACCUAAGGAAUGGAUAUUUAUGCUUCCUAUACUUAAGGGUGGACUUAGCUACAUAAAGUAUUUUAAAUUCUACAUGGGAGGAAUUGUCUCUUCUCCCCCAUUUAUUUAAUCAUUUGUAUCAGUACAAACUCACGGGUAUUUAUUUUGCACUUUGGGUUAUAAUCCAAUAUUAAGUUUUUUUAUUUUGUUGCUGAAAUUCUUCCAGCUUUGGCCACUGAGAGCUCUUUCAGUUGGAUUGUGUGUCUCUUUAACAUAUCCCAAUUAAUGUAGGCUUUCAGUUUGGUUUUAAAUACUUCCUUACUUACUGGCACUAUAAGAUACUCUAGGUCUAUCUUGUAUUUUUCCUGCCUCAGUCCUAGAAUCAGCCAUCUCUUCAAGGAUCUCUAGCUCCUUUUAUUAGAGAAUGUUAUUAAACACAAAGAUUGGAGUACCAGGUAAACUCAUUGCUUAUAGAACCUCUUAACUGACAAAGCCCCCCCCCCACACACACUCAUUCACAAACACAUAAAUCUAUGUAUCGAUACAUUUUACAAGUAUCUAUGUAAAGGUAAAUGCAGUUCAUACUGAUGUCUCUAACCCUAACUGAUGACCACAUUGAUCAUUCUGGUCUCCUCUCCUUGCUUAUCUGUAAAUUCUCAUUCUAGCAAUGGGAAACCUAGCUCUUAACAUCUGCUAUCUAUUUGCCAUGAAUAUAUCCAUGUAGUGGAAUUGUUAACUUCACCAUACAUUUGUAGCAGUAUCAGAAUUGUUAACAGGUUACAAUGCUUAUGUACACUUCCUUUUUGCGUUUAGUCUUACAGACUAGACUCAUUUCCAAAGUUAGGUAAGCAACUCCCCUCUCCAACCCUCUUCACUGAGGUCCUUACAUAUAUUUAUAAUAUAGUUAGAUUCUCCUUUUCUCAGAAUCAACUCACCUCUUAAUUCUUUGUUAACUGAUUUCUACCCCCACCCCAUAGUGUCUAAUGACAUCAUGUUCUCCCUCGAACAUCACAAAUCCAAAGGUCUGGCUUUUUUCUUUGGAACACAUCUAUGCAGCACAAGACACUAUGCAACCCUAUCUCUUUCUUAAAAUUUAUCAACUCCUAAAUUUCUAUCACUGGCUUCACAUUUCUAAGAGUAUAUUGUACUGAUACAUUUACACCUGAUAUGUCUAAGAUUAAAUUUACUUCUUUUCAGAACCCACUUAUUCUCUUCUCCUGGUACUACCUUUACCUUCUCAAUGCUCAGGCAUGAAACCUCAAAAAUAAUUUUUGAUUCCUCCUUAUUUUUUUAAGUAUAUUUUAUCGAUUAUGCUAUUACAGCUGUCCCACUUUCCCCUUCACCCCCCUCCACAUACUACCCCCCUUCUCUCCAGAAGAACUCCCCUUAGUUCCUGUCCAUUGGUCAUGAGUGUAAGUUCUUUGGCUUCUCCAUUUCCUACACUAUUCUUAACCUCGCCCUGUCUAUUUUGUACCUACCAUUUAGGCUGCUUAAUCCCUGUACCUUUUCCCCCAUUCUUCCCCUUCCCUCUCCCAACCCUCCUAAUGACCUCCAUACCUAUAAUUCUGUUCCUGUUCUGAUUGCUUGCUUAGUUUAUUUUUUUUUAUUUUAUUUUUUUAGAUUCAGU